AUGUACAGCUUGCCUUUGAGACAUUCUGCCUCUCUCUAUCUCCCUUUCUCCCUCCCUCUCCCCCUCUGACCUCUCUCAUCUCUCAUCCCUCUUUGUCAAGAGACAACAUGACAAUGGCUUCUCUUGUGCCCGUGCUGCUCGUUCUGCUGCUGGCGAUUCCGGCGAAGGUGCACGGAGCGACCCUCACCGUGGGGGAUUCCUCUGGGUGGACCCAAGGUACCAACUAUGCGACUUGGGCCGCUUCCCAGACCUUCAAUGUUGGUGACUCUCUUGUGUUUACGUAUACCACGCUCCACUCGGUUGACCAAGUAAGCAAAGAUGACUAUGAUAACUGCAACACCGGCAACGCCAUCAAAUCCUACACCAGCGGGAGCACCACCAUCCCCCUCAGCACAGCCGGCCCGAUGUACUUCAUCUGCCCCACCAGUGGCCAUUGCAGCAGCGGCAUGAAGCUGGCAAUCACUGUCGGCUCGUCGAGCACCAGCCCUGGCUCCUCACCAUCGCCGCCCUCCACCACUACUGGAACGACCUCUCCACCGCCACCCAAUGGCAACGGAGCCACUAGUGUUUUUGGCGUUGGCAAUGUGAUGCUUGGACUCUCAUCUGUGGUAGCGACCGUGAUUGCACUAGUGUGCUAGGGAAGAGCCAGUGCAAUUUGCUGUAAAAUUCAGUUCUCUUUUGUCUGUUGUUGUAUGUAACGUAUGGCAUGUGGAAUAAGCACGGUCCCUCGGAUUCGAUUCGAUUAUCUAUUGAGGUAUUUCUGAUUCUUGAGCGAUGUUUAUUUGAAUAAA